CGCCAUGGCCCGCGAGCUCAUCGGCCCCGCGCUGCCGCCCGGCUUCCCGCGCUGCGCCGAGGCGGACCCGGAUGAGGACUUCAGCCAGGUUGCAGGACCAGCACUGCCUCCAGGCUAUAAAAGCAGCUGUAGCUCGGAAACUCCUGACAGUGAUGAUGACUUGGAAUCUCUUCCUCUACCCAGAGACACAAACAAAGAAUCUGAAGAGGAGACAGAAGGCGAUCCAGCACCCAAAAAGCCAAAAAGAAUUCAGGAAGACGAUGAUGAUGAUGGCUUUUUUGGGCCUGCUCUUCCUCCUGGAUUCAAGAAACAGGAUGAUUCUCCAGAGAGGCCCAUUAUAGGUCCUGCAUUACCGCCUGGCUUUAGGAAACCUUCGCAGGACACCGGGAAUAGCAGAUAUUCCAUAGGACCGUCCGUUUCAUCAGAAUUCCAUACCCAGGUAACAGAUAGUAGUGAGGACGAAGACAAUCUUAUAGGCCCAAUGCCUGCAAAAGAACCAGUGGAGUCUGAUGUGACUAAAGAAUUUGAACGCAGAGCUCAGAGAAUGAAGGAAAAACUUACUUCAGCAGAAAGUGAUGAACCCAAGCCGGUUACCAGGGAAUCGUGGAUGACAGAACUUCCACCUGAAUUGAAAAGCUUUGGAUUUGGCCCAAGAACAUUCAAGAGAAGAGCUGAUGACAAAUCAGGCGAUAGAUCUAUUUGGACAGAUACUCCAGCUGACAGAGAGAGAAAAGCCAAGGAAAGAGAAGAGGCAAAAAAGUCAACCAGUAAGGAUAAUGAAGAAAUUGUAUUAUCUGGGAGAGACAAGAGACUUGUUGAGCAGGUGACUUCAUACAAUGAGUCAAAGAGGUCAGAAUCUCUCAUGGACAUACAUCAGAAAAAGCUGAAGAGCAAAGCGUCCGAAGAAAAGAACAAACCUCAAGAAAGAAGGCCAUUUGACCGAGACCAGGAUCUCAAAGUCAAUCGAUUUGACGAAGCACAAAAGAAAGCCCUUAUAAGAAAAUCCAGAGACCUGAAUACUAAAUUUGAGCACAGUAAAGGCAAUAUGUUUUUAUAACAUAAAAGCAUGAAGCUUUUUUGAAGUCAAGUCAAAUAAACUUUGAAUACUUAAUUUUUUAAGUAUUUUUCUGUAAAUAUUUGUAUGCAAAAUAAAUACCCCAAUGUUUAACUA